CCGCCCACCGACACCACCUCCAAAUGGAACAAGCCAAGACUCGACCAACAACGCUCCGAUUUCCAUAGAAAUCUCGAUUGAGCGUGAAACUCCUGAACGGACUUCAUCAACAGACUCUGCUUCCAGCAGCUCAUCCCGGAAAAACUCGAUGUCUAGAAAGCCAUCAAUUCCGGAACCCACAAACACAUUAAUCAUCACCCCGCUUCCUCUCCCAUUCUUCGAGCCAAAAAUUCUCGAUGCUCUCAAAAGCCACUUUGCUAGUUUUAGCACAACUUUUCUUCACCGACGGAGUCCUUAUAGUCCUGUCAGCGUUCCCGGGCCUGGCGCAUCCAUCAAAGGCGAACCCAGUAUGGACAGAGAAGACGGUUCUCCCAAGGACGAGGAGAUGAUGGAUGCGGAAGACGAAUUACCAGAGGGGGACCUCUACUCGUUCGUGCCUCUCAAGUCGUUCAGACGGGCGAUUGUCGUCUACUACUCCGCCGAAGAUGCAGAACGCGCUAGAAUCGCUUCAGAUCGUUUGUACAUUCCAGAAACUCCCAAAUGUCCAGCGAUCACUCUUCGCGCGUUUCGAGCUCCGGAGACGGUACUAGUGGAGGAAGGAUGGUUUUCCGGUGGUACCAGGAAAACCCACCCGGCCAUUAGCGAUGAUGCCGAAGAAGGUGCUUGGUAUUUUGGUGGAUUCCCAGUGUUCUCAUCCAACUUUGACGAAGGAGAGAUCAAGGAAUCGCCUUUUCAUCUCCGACCACCCGUACCCGAACGCAACUUUCUCAUUUCUCCUCCCGGGUCCCCACCCGUUGGGUGGGUGGCCGUUCGAGAGGAUCCUCCCAAUGAAUCUCCGUUAGCCGAGGAUUUGGUGCAGGCCCUAGAGAGACUAAAAGCUCAAUCUCUUGCUCGAAGGACCAGGAAACGUAAAAGGGGAACCGGUGCAUUCAGGGCUUCGAGUCGAAGUCGCAGCCGAAGUCACGAACGGGGCAGUCAAAGCAGCGGCGCAAGCCUAA